CAGCGCCGCGGCCCCUCUGCCCGCCCGCUGCGUCCGCUGAGCCCGCGGCGGAAGCAGGGUCCCCGCCCCCCUCCGCCCUCCGCCCUGCGGCCACGGUUGCCCAGCGCGAGCGCGCAGUUGCCUGGGCGACAGUGAGGGGCUGGCUGGGAGAGGCCAUGCAUCAGGUGACGGUGCCGGAGCUUUAUUCCCGGAGGAAGCGGGCAGAGGGACAGGGGGCUUCCUCGCCGGAGCAGUUGGGAUUACGAUUAGGGAUGUGGUACUGGAAAGAUGAAACCAGAACUCUUGAAUUCAGAAGUUUUACACCUGCAGUGGAUCUCAAGGAAAAAGGAAAGAAAGGCAAAGCAAUACACUUUGCUGAAAUUGAUGGUCCGGCUUCAGACAGGUUGACGGAUAAAAAGCUUGCUUCAAGAGACGAUAAGUCACUUAAAGCCUUAGAGAAGCGAGGUCAGCAGGGCAACGUGACGCUCCAUGAUGCUAAAUUUGUUGCUUUGUUUUUACUACAAGAUAAUGAGAUGCAGCGGAUCUGUUCCUUUACAACAUUUAUGAGGAAUAAGAAUCUUGACAAUUUCCUCAUGGCAUUAUUGUACUAUUUAUCUCAUUACUUGGAAAAAAUAGCCCUGGAAAAGAAACCCAAAAGCUGUAUGGUGGGCCUUGUAGAGAAGAAGGAGAUGGAAUUGGUUAUAAGGAAGUUAGAAGCAGCGCAGAAUUACCUGGCACAGAAGUACUGCGUCCUUGUCCUGGGCUUGGCAAUGCCUGAUAAGCAUCACAUGUGCUGUGGGAAGGAGAAAAGAUCAGAUACACAGAAAGACUGGAAAUUCUUUGAGUCCUUUUACACUUUCUGUACAUAUGUAGCUUGGAUUGUGUUCCGACGUCAACACUUCACAGAGAUUGAGGAAGAAAUAGGAAGGCUCUUUCGUACCAAUAUGUUCAACAUUCCUCGGAGGAAGCGUGAGGAGGAGGAAUCAGGAGGGGAAAAGAAACGCAUGACUUUUGUACAAUUCAGGAGAAUGAUGGCGAAACGCCCAGCAAUUAAAAAAGCCAUUAACAUGCGCUCUCCAGUCAUGUCUACUCUGCUGCCAUCUCUCAGAGAAAAAGCUCAGAAUAUCUUUGAGAAAAAGUAUCAUCAAGGAGUCGUCAAACUCCCGGCCCCGAUGCAAGAGCACAUGGAAAGUCUGGACUCUGUGCUCAUGCCAAACUGCCUGCUCCAGGGAUCUAGAGCAUCUGAAACAUCACUGUUGCAGGAUUCAGCCUGCCCAACCCUAUCAUCCUAUUUUGGACUUCGUUUAUGGCAUUUUGAUCGCCCAGCUGAUUUUUAUGCAAAGUUGACUGGGGAGUGUGACAUCCUCUUCCCCGAUCCUUUCCCUUUGCCACAAGCUCCGACUAAAGCAUGCCUGAGACUGUCAACUGAACAAAACGUGCCCUCGAGAAAAAGAACACACUAGCAAAAUGCAGUACUUCCAUCACGUGCAGAAAACUGGAAUCCGCUUCAGACCGUGCCCGCGGCGGUGGUCAGGCCUCCCGCGGAUCCGGCUGAUAGCACACUUCCUGCUUCAGGGACUGUGUUCUUCUGUGUGGCUUCUCUGAGCCCACCGCCUGCAUAAAUCUGCUGCUUUCUACCCAGACACUGUUGCUUCACUUGGAAAUAAUUAUCUCCUUCUCCACAUGCACCCUGUUCCCUUCACCCACAUCCCUUAUCAUGCCAUGAUAAUCACACACUGAAGCAGAUGUAAAAGGCACAAAUGGAGCAUUUGCUUGACGACUCGAGAGCCUUGUGUCAUUGCACACAAAGAAGAAAGUGAGGAGGAGCCCUGUCUGCCAUCGCAGGACUCACACUGGAACAUGUACCCAUUAAAGAACAAUUGAGUGGAUUUUUUAGAGCUAGAAUUUUUUUCCCCCAUUAGUUCUCGCAGCAAACCAGGAAGAGUGGUAGUUAUAGUUGCUGGCUUUUCAAGCCAGGACCCUAAGAUACAGAGCUGUUGUUACCAGUCUAGAAUUAUGUUUGUCUUAUGAAAUCGUUUGUGAAUCCACAAAUAAUUACUGUGCACCUGCUGGGCCAGGUUCUGAGAAUAUUACUCCCAUUAUGAGGUAGACGUGGUCUGUGCUUCUCCACAUGGCUGGAGCUUCUCUGGGCAGAGGGUGGAACGAGAGGGAGUUAGCAGGGACUGACUAGAUGGUUUGAGCUUUGUAGGUUGUAGGGAUUUUGUCUAAUUGGAUGGGAAUCCGGUGGAGGCUUGUAGUCAAAGGAGUGACACCAUCCAAUUUAUGUUUGAAAAUAUUAUUCUGGUUCCUGUGUGGAAGAUGGGCCGAGGUUAGGGUUGGAGGGAUGGAGAAUAGAGGCUGGAGGUCAAUUAGAGAUUACAGAGGUGGCCCAGGAGAGGGAAGGUGGUAAGCUGGACUAGGGAUGGAUUCUGGAUAAGGUAGAGUUGGCAGGAUUUGCUGAUGGAUUGGCUGUUGGGGAAGAGAAGAAAGAGAGCAAGGAAGUCUCUAAAGUUUUUGGCCUGAGCAAUUGGGUGUUUGGUAUUUCCAUAGGGCAGAAUGGAUGAAAAACAGGUUGAGGGAGAAAUCUUCAUUUCUAUUUUUAGACUGUUAACUUUGAGACGUCAAUCAGUCAUCCCUGUGUAGAUGAGUUGGCAUUUGGAUAGAGAGAUCUGGAGUUCUGGGGAGAGACCUGAGGUGGAAAUACAGAUUUGGGAGCCAAUGGCUCUCGGAUUGGUUAAGAUUACCUAAGGAGACUGAAGAUACAGAAGACAAAGGACACUCUACAUGUAAGAGGGGGCAGAGGAGGAGCAAACAAAACGCAGCAAAUCCCUUACAUGCUCCAGCAGCUCACUCCGCCUUCAGAAUGUGCCACAAGCCAGUGAGGUACGAAGAAACACAUGACGGAGAGAAGUCAUGGUAGACAAGAGAAAAGAGCCUGCCAUGAAGUAGGGGUGGCAGCUGGGCAGAAAUGCUGCAGGACGAACUGGUACGAUAAUAACAGAGGUGACUGCCAGGGUUGGGAACAUAGAGGUCAACUGUGCGGGCUCCAAGUGUGGUGCCCCCUUGAUGAGGGAGCCCUCUGCCAGAGUUCUUGUAGCAAAAGAAAAAGGAAACCACGAUUGGUCAAACUCUGGCAGAGUUUGUCGUGAAGGGAAAGGAAGAAAUAGCGCAGGAGCUAGGGGAAGAUGUGCUGUCAAGGAGGUGAAGCUUUAGUGUUGGGUUGUUUGGAUCUUUGGCUUUUAGGGAUCCGAGGUAAUAGAACGAGUCUGUGCUGACACAGGGCAAACUGAUGAUUCAGGAGAGAGAGAAGGCAUACUUGUAGAGAGCUGAGAACCGAAGGUUGGGAAGCGUAGGUUGGGGGUUGCCCUUAGAGAGAAGAGACAUCUGUCAUCACAGCAGGGAAAGCAGAAGGUGUGACAUUCUUUCUCCAAGUCUCUUUGACGCUCAGAGGCCCCUUGUGUGUGCACCACUUGAGCAAGGCCCGCUCUCUGAAUUGUCAGUAGAGGAAACCAGAGACCAAAAAUUCUCAGCCCAGAGGAGUGCAUAUAGCUAAUGAUGGACUUUCAGACAUCACACUGGAAAGACAUAGCUGGGCUGUGAAGAGUGUCUUGUUGGUUUCCCUGAAGCCACACUUUUUGGGUGAUCAUCUAUGCCAUUUAGGUAUAAGACUGGCCAUGGAAGUUGCAUCAUUUUUUCCCAUAGGAUCCCUUAACCAAGUCAUGAGUCCUCAAGCAUUAAAAGGAAUAGCACCUGAGCCCUGAGCUGGCUUCACCUCUGUAGAUCUUUUAAUUUUUUUAUUAAAAAAAUUUUUUUAUUAGUUUUCUUCAUUUUUGAGAGGCAGAGAGAGAGCGCAUGUGGGGGAGGGGCAGAGAGAGAGGGAGACACAGAAUCCGAAGCGAGCUCCAGGCUCUGAGCUGUCAGCACAGAGCCCAAUGCGGGGCCCAAACUCACGAACUAUGAGAUCAUGACCUGAGCCGAAGUCAGAUGCUAAGCCGAAGAAGCCACUCAGGCGCCCCACCUGUAGAUUUUAUUUUGUGCCCUGGCGUUGUAUUUUAAGACUAAGUUCAUUGCCCUUUUAGAAUUGACUCCCAGGGGAAAGAUUGUGUCUCCCAAAAAUUUACCAUAAUUACUUUCAUGAGGAAACAAGAAUAUUUGACCAAUCAUGGUUUCCUUUUUCUUCUGCUACAAGAACUCUCAGAAAUAAAUGUAAUGCUUGAUCACAAGAACUUAGAGUUUUGACCUCUUAGGUUUUUAUUUUCUAUUUUUAUAUCUUUUCUUUUGUUUCAUUUUUUAUUAUUUUUUUUACUUUGAAAUAAUAACAGAUUCACAUGCAGUUUUAAGAAAUAAUACCAAGGGAUCCUGUGAACUCUUUGCCUGGUUUCUCCCAAUGGUGACAUCUUACAAAACUAUAGUACAGUUUCACAACCAGAUACUGAUAUUGAUUCAGUCAAGAUACAGAACAUUCCAUCUCUCCAAGAAUGCAUGAUGCUGCCCUUUUAUAGCCACUCUCUUCUGUCCCUACCGUCUCCUUAACCUUUGGUAAUUGCUAACCUGUUCUCCAUUUCUAUAGUUUCGUCAUUUCAAGAAUGUUAUAUACAUUAUGUAACUUUUGGGGAUUGGCUUUUUUUCACUCAACAUAGUUUUCUGGAAAUUCAUUCAAGUUGUUGCUUGUAUCAGUGAUUUGCUCCUUUGUGGAUGAGUAGUACUCUGUGACGUGGAUGUAACACAGUUUAUUUAAUUCAUCCUUUGAAGGGCAUCUGGGUCAUUUCCAGUUUGGAGACUAUCACCAAUAAGGCUGCUACAAACAUUCAUGUACAGAUUUUGAUGUGAAUGUGAGUUUUCACUUUUCUGAGCUUCUAUCUUUUCUAGUGAAUUGUAUUAGGUCUUUUUCUGUGAAUGAAUAGUAUAUAAUCAUCAAUAAACAAAGGCCAUCUA